AUGCCUCCUGAGUGCUCACAAGCACAAAUGGCAGCUGACUGCCUGGCAGCAGAGAUUUCAUGCGGAAGGAGGCGAGGGGGCAGUGCGGAAGGAGGCGAGGGGGCAGUGCGGAAGGAGGCGAGGGGGCAGUGCGGAAGGAGGCGAGGGGGCAGUGCGGAAGGAGGCGAGGGGGCAGUGCGGAAGGAGGCGAGGGGGCAGUGCGGAAGGAGGCGAGGGGGCAGUGCGGAAGGAGGCGAGGGGGCAGUGCGGAAGGAGGCGAGGGGGCAGUGCGGAAGGAGGCGAGGGGGCAGUGCGGAAGGAGGCGAGGGGGCAGUGCGGAAGGAGGCGAGGGGGCAGUGCGGAAGGAGGCGAGGGGGCAGUGCGGAAGGAGGCGAGGGGGCAGUGCGGAAGGAGGCGAGGGGGCAGUGCGGAAGGAGGCGAGGGGGCAGUGCGGAAGGAGGCGAGGGGGCAGUGCGGAAGGAGGCGAGGGGGCAGUGCGGAAGGAGGCGAGGGGGCAGUGCGGAAGGAGGCGAGGGGGCAGUGCGGAAGGAGGGGGCAGUGCGGAAGGAGGGGGCAGUGCGGAAGGAGGGGGCAGUGCGGAAGGAGGGGGCAGUGCGGAAGGAGGGGGCAGUGCGGAAGGAGGGGGCAGUGCGGAAGGAGGGGGCAGUGCGGAAGGAGGGGGCAGUGCGGAAGGAGGGGGCAGUGCGGAAGGAGGGGGCAGUGCGGAAGGAGGGGGCAGUGCGGAAGGAGGGGGCACCUGUGGAGAUAACUGGAGAUCUAUUCGAAGAUGAGACAACAGUAUUAAAACGUGAUCCUCCUCAAACAAAGGAUAAUUGUUAA